UGUUCCGUAUUAUUGCGCUUCGACGGCCGCCCGCAGGAGGCCUACUCGCACGCCUACCAGUUUGUGUGCAAGAAUUCCUGCUCCAGUGGGAUCAAUAGACGGUCUAUUGACAUUAUCUUCACGCUUGAGGAUCAUACGGGCCAGGUGUACGGGCGGCAGACGGUGGGCGCGCGCGUGUGCGCGUGUCCGCGCCGCGAUAAGCACAAGGACGAGAGCGCCGCGCCGCUACAGCCCGCCCCCACCAACAAGCGCCGCGCCAGGGACCCGCCCGCCCCGGCGCCCGCCGGGAAAAAGGUCAAGAUAGAACCCGACGACGUGCUGGUGCUGCCGCCGCCCGCCCCCACCACCAGCAGCAAGCGCCGCGCCAGGGACCCGCCCGCCCCGGCGCCCGCCGGGAAAAAGGUCAAGAUAGAACCCGACGACGUGCUGGUGCUGCCGCCGCCCGCCCCCACCACCAGCAGCAAGCGCCGCGCCAGGGACCCGCCCGCCCCGGCGCCCGCCGGGAAAAAGGUCAAGAUAGAACCCGACGACGUGCUGGUGCUGCCGCCGCCCGCCCCCACCACCAGCAGCAAGCGCCGCGCCAGGGACCCGCCCGCCCCGGCGCCCGCCGGGAAAAAGGUCAAGAUAGAACCCGACGACGUGCUGGUGCUGCCGCCGCCCGCCCCCACCACCAGCAGCAAGCGCCGCGCCAGGGACCCGCCCGCCCCGGCGCCCGCCGGGAAAAAGGUCAAGAUAGAACCCGACGACGUGCUGGUGCUGCCGCCGGUGAGUCACACGGUCAACUCAAGCACAAGGACGAGAGCGCCGCGUUACAGCCCGCCCCCACCACCAGCAGCAAGCGCCGCGCCAGGGACCCGCCCGCCCCGGCGCCCGCCGGGAAAAAGGUCAAGAUAG